AUGACGAAAAAUGUUGGUGUGAUGACAAUAAGUGUCAAUGUAGAGCUCAAUAUUUUGCCUACUCUGAGAUCGAAUGUAGACUCGGACCAACUUAUAAUGCGGGAGUCAAAAUGUCUGCCAAAACAAUUAAAAGGACGAUGCAGUAAGAAUUCAGACUGUUACGAAGUGAAGUUUGCAAUGUGUUCAAAUGGACAAUGCGCUUGUACUGCUGGAUUCUUCGCUGUCAAUGCAACUUGCACAACAGCUGUUGGUGGGCCCUGCAUUACCAAUAAAGAUUGUACUGUCAGAUUUUCUCAUUGUUUUGAACAAACUAGUAAAUGCAAUCGAAACUACAUAAAAUAUUCCGAGAGUCAAUGCGUUGCAAGUGAGUAA